UGAGAGCAGCUGCCAAGGAGGACGCAUCAAUUUUUUCCUUCUCUUAUCGACGUUAUAUUUAAUUAUUUUUUCGUUUCCUUCCCUCCCUGCUCCUUCUCCCACCACCCUAUUGUUUUUCGUUCUUCGUUUAUAUUGGCCAGUUAUUUAUCGUGUUCAUGCCCACAACACGUGUAUUAUCUGUACCCAAAUCUCUUAUGAGAAGGAGCGCAUUAAUUUAUUCAAAACAUUCAGAGUGGUCGGUCAACAGGCUCGUCAUGGACGCUAUCUUGUAUUGAUAAGGCGCUGACAGCAGUGAACCUUUAAAUGGAGGCAUUGGAUCCUUCAGCCAAUUUAGAGAAACUGUUGGAAGCGAUCGCAGGGCUAGCCACCUCAAGUCAUAGACGUGAUGCUGUAGAUGCGUGCCAUACCUUGGCCAAAAAUCAAGCUAAUAUUAAAAAGCCAUUUGAUGUGGAAACAAAGCCAAAAGAGUUGGAAUAUUAUGCAACGAUAAGUUCUUCACUAAAAUCUACCUUCAACCAAAGGACUGAGGCAAGAACCUUUGCGGAUGUCCGACGAAAUUUGCUCACUGAAGAAUAUUCUCUGUGUGAAUGUGAGCAUAGAAAGCACUGCUCAACAAAUCUUCUAUGUCCUUUUAACUUGGCAAUUGCGAGAAAGCCAAAUCAAUCCUCCUUGACUUUCGUUUACCAAGAAGUUCAAUCAGCAACUGAAGUUUGCAAACCAGAAAGACUGGGUUUGAAAAGUGAUUCCAUUGAGCUUAAAUACUCUGACGAAAUAAGUACACCAGAAUUUGAAUCUGACGAGGAAUGCGGGACUGAGGCGUUUGCACCUGGCAAGAACAAGUUGUGCUUCAUACCUGUGUCACAUGAACUUUACAAGAAACUGGGGAAUCAAAUCAACAGCAAAAUAUCCUACCCACUUGAGCCUGUUGAAGCGCCUGUGAAAGAUAUUCUGAGUUUGAAAGAGGACAUUUUCAACCUAAAGCCACUAUCAAUUGAGGCUGUCUUUGUCCACCAACCUAGUAGUGUGAAUGAUAUUCACAAGAUGGACAUGGACGCGCAGGAAGAUGACGAGACAUUUUCUAGCAGAGAGAUUGGAAGAAAAGCACACACAAACGAGAAGCAGAAUUGUUCCCCAGCACCACUGAGUUCUAAUUCGCAGAGAGACCAAACACAUGUGGAAAAAUCCAAUUUUAGUUCAACUAAAGUGGUUCUACCUCAAGAAACUGCUCCUACUCAACAAACAACAUGCUCCAACACUGGAUCUAGAGCUAUUGCAGUUGAUGAUGGGUCCAAUCUGGAGACGUGCGCUGGUAACAGCAGAGCUUGCAAAGAAGAAGGAACACAAACAUGCUCAACUGAAAACCAAGUAGGAUCAGGCACUGCAGGACACAAAACGCAGCCUCAAGCUGACGCUCAAGGCACUCAUGCAGAGAGAGAUCCUCGUCUCAGGAAGAGAGCAGAUAAUGACGCAAAUAAGUGUGUUGACCCUACAACAUACAGGCAAAAGCCUAGGGAACCCUGCGAUUUAGGCGUGAUUCAUUACUCAGAAAAGAAGGAAAUUAGCUUAGAAAUUCGCAGGUCAUUGCUAGAAAAACCUAUGUCUUCUCUUGGAUCCUCUGGAGUGUCAUUUACAGAAGCAAAAAAUACUCACGCAAAAAAAAGAGUUCCGCUCUCUUUGCCACUUCCUUCUGCACUGCCACCACACAAUCAAGUUCCAGGUGAGCCCUCACGUGCUCAACAGAUGCCCUUGUCCAAUCCUAUCCACGUGCGCGAUGGCGUUACCUCACUGAGGAGGAUAGUUUCAUCAUCUAGUCAACCUUCUACCAGCAAUCAUCCUCAAAAACUGUCAAGAAUUCCAUGUUCUUCUGCUGUCAACUUUGCAUCAUACAUAGCUCCAAAAACCUACACGCCUCGUGUUCCUUCAAAACUUCCGUUGCCUGACAUCAAUUCCGUCGACGCAAGUAAAAAACCAGCUCCUUCAAAUAAUGAGGGCAGCAGCACUUCUAAAGCUCACCAGAAAAGUGAUCGCGAUAUGGCCAACAGAUCUGAGAAAAAGGAAAAGGACAAGUCAUAUGGCAGGGACAAAACAUCUUCUCAUCAGUCAAGAUCAAACAAACACAACAUCAAAGUCAUAGCGAAAAGUGACUCUAGAUCGCACUCCAAAGAUCAAAGCAAAGGAUCUUCUGAAAGUCUGAGACAAAUUGGAGAGUUUCCUAGUAAAAAACAUGAACUUUUCAGCACCCCUAGUGGCCCACCAAAGAGCCUUUUCAGUAGCUCAAAACCUAGUGACUGUGUUAAACCCCCUGAAAAACCUAGAUUUCCAACAAGCUCGCCUGCAUUUGCAAGUAAAUCAAAUUCUGAUAGGAAAAUGAGCACCGAACAAAUGUGUCAAACGGAUGUACAAAAAAGUAAGACUGGUGAAUUUUUUCCAGCGAAGAUAGCUCUAUCUAAAUCAAAUACACAGCCAGAUGCAUUGCUGUCGCAACAAAAGCAAAAACCAGCAAUUCCUUCUAGUCACACUCCUAAACACUCAGUUCAGCCAGCUGCAAUUCCUUCUGCACUCAAGCCUGCAAACUCUGCACAGCUAGCAUUGAAAGUACAAAAGGAAAAGCUCAAAUUCUGCUCUGUUUUGAUUCAACCAUUUAAUAAAGAACUGAAAGUUGUGUCUCAAAAGCGGACUUUAAAAAUGAGCGAGAUCUGCUUGAAAGACAACGUGUUGAUAUAUGUGUCAAAGAGUGAACACCUCUCUAAGAAGAGUAGGCUGAAAAGUGAAAACGUGGCAGAAAAACCUUCCAGUACAGUCGUGCACAGCAUGGAAGAGGGCCAGUCAGGUGGGAGUCAACAGCCAGUACAAGAAAAACCUGUCAGCGGCAAGAGCACUACAGAUAAUCCUAGAACAACCAAGAAAGCUUACAGACGCAUUCAAUUUUUACUUGAUAGUAGUGACGACGAGGAUGAGGAUGACUUAAUACGUUGCAGGAAAUCUAAAAAGAUUGCAAUCGUCAGUUCGUCUGAUGAAGAAAGUGAAACGAAUUCCAACACUGUUCAAACAGUUGAAGUAUCAGAUGAGGUAACCACCAACAAGGCUGUACCAGAAAAAACUGAAGAAGAAUUAUAUGAUGAUGACGCGUUGAUGGUUGAAAUUGUUGAGAAAACGCCUGCCACCAUUCAAGACAUUUACCAAGCCAUCCUUCCCAAUCUUCCAUUCAUUCAGGCAUCCUCAGUCUUGAAUGCCCACACCAAGAGAAGCGAUCUUUGUGUUGUUGGAAAUUUUGUGAAGCGCAAAACUAGACAAGAACAAUCUGUUCAAGCUUUAGAGCAGGUUGAUCACGUAACCAUUCACUACACACCUGAAGUGGACGACGAUCAUGACUUGGAAGUGAUUGAAUAUGCUCCCCCAAAGCCAAAUUAUGAAGUAGUUGACUUGGUUGAUAUGGACGAGGAAUGCAGCCAGCCGAGCACUUCCAAAUCCCAUGACGCGCGCAUUACCCAGUGCCAGGAUCCUGCUCAACUAGACACAACUUCAGCUUCUCCAGGCAGAGAUUUGACUUUCUCUCAAACAAAACAAGCUGAAGAUAAGGAAAGAAAGCAAAAGAAAGUGGCAGAAAGAGAGGCUGAAACCCAAAGAAAGGCUGAGGAAAGGAGACAACAAGAAACCCCAACAAACGAUGUAGAAGCCAAGGAAAAGAGAGAAAAAGAUGAAGUGGCCUUUAAAAGAGCGGAAGUUGAAAGAAGAGCCAAGGAAAGGAGAAAACAAAAAGCGGCAGAGAGGAAGGCUGAAGCUGAAAGACUAGUUGAGGAAAGGAGAAAUCAAGAAGCUGCAGAAAGGAAGGCUGAAGCUGAACGAAAGGCAGAGGCAAGAAGACAACAAGAAGCUGCAGAAAAGAAGGCUGAAGCUGAACGAAAGGCAGAGGCAGGAAGACAACAAGAAGCUGCAGAAAGGAAGACUGAAGGUGAACGAAAGGCAGAGGUAAGAAGACAACAAGAAGCUGCAGAAAAGAAGGCUGAAGCUGGACAAAAGGCAGAGGCAAGAAGACAACAAGAAGCUGCAGAAAAGAAGGCUGAAGCUGAACGAAAGGCAGAGGCAAGAAGGCAACAAGAAGCUGCAGAAAAGAAGGCUGAAGCCGAACGAAAGGCAGAGGUAAGAAGACAACAAGAAGCUGCAGAAAAGAAGGCUGAAGCUGAACGAAAGGCAGAGGCAAGAAGGCAACAAGAAGCUGCAGAAAAGAAGGCUGAAGCCGAACGAAAGGCAGAGGUAAGAAGACAACAAGAAGCUGCAGAAAAGAAGGCUGAAGCCGAACGAAAGGCAGAGGUAAGAAGACAACAAGAAGCUGCAGAAAGGAAGGCUGAAGCUGAACAAAAGGCAGAGGCAAGAAGACAACAAGAAGCUGCAGAAAAGAAGGCUGAAGCUGAACGAAAGGCAGAAGCAAGAAGGCAACAAGAAGCUGCAGAAAGAGAGGUCGAAGAAAGGAGAAAACGAGAUGCAGAAGAGGCAAAGGCUGAAGCUGAAAGAAUGGCUGAGGAAAGUAAACAAGAUGAAGCAGAAGCCAAGAAAAAGAGAGAACGAGAAAAGGCACAAAAAGAGUUCGAAGCUGAAAGAAAAGCCGAAGAAAGGAGAAAACAAGAGGCGAAGGUAAAGGCUGAAACAAAGCUUGAAGAAAAGAAACAACAAGAAGCGUUUCUAAGAGCAGCUAAAGCUAUGAGGAUUAAAGAACUGGAACAAGCAGCUCAGAAAAGUGCAGCUGAUGAAGCUAUAAAGUUGAGAGAACCAGGCAGACACUCUGAGAAACCAGUUGAAGAUGUUCCUGUUCGUAAUCAAACAAACCAUGGGCAGAGAAUCUUAGAUGUCAACAGCACUAAAACAUUUGGACAUGCUCGUGCCAACAUGCAAAUCGACCUCCUGGAGCAUCUAUGCCGCGAAGAGUUACUUAAACAGCGGUUUAGCGGACAGGAUACUCUGAUUUCAUCUGCACGACCUGCAAACCCACAGCCACGCUCUUUGAGUGUCAUUGUUUCAAACGAGGUGAGCCAGAGAGGAAAUUCUGAUCGUGCACGGCAUUCAUCCGAAGGUUUCAGUCGCGGCGAAUCUGUGGUGCCACAGAACGCAAGUCCUUCUAAUUCAAGAAAUAUAUCACAUAAUUUGCAUGCAGCAGGCCCAUCCAGAAUGUUAAACAACAUCGAACCGACACCUAAUAUCGGGUAUACCACUCAAACAUCAAUCGCUAAUCCAAGCCAAUCGAAUUAUCAGCAGCCAGGAUCAAUCCUAUCAAAUGCUAUCCAGGGACAUGUACAAGCAAGCAGCGUGUCACAAACAGUGCAAAACUUUCCGUCAAUCUCUGCUCAACUCUCUAAUUAUGAUCCAAGUAGACAUUCUGGCAACCAAUUUCGUGUUUCACCCUCUGCUCAACAGUCAGGCAAUUCUUUGGUGCAACUCUCCACGUUAACAAGCGCCCAAGUCAACCGCGAGCAAAUAAAUGUGUCUAAUGCCCAGGCCCAACGGUCAGCAAGCGUUGAACAGCCAACACAUGAACGAAGUCAGGAUGAAAGAGUGUUUCUAGCAAAUCUUACCAAAAAUGUGAGCGCGAUCUUGACUUUGUCUUCCAUGCAAACAUUUGAGAAGGAUAAUUCUGCGAAGCUUCGGAUGCAAAGAGUAUCAAUAAAUGCUGGGUACUUAAAUGAAUCCGAGAUGAAAGAAAUGUUUCAAGAAUUUCGAUCAUUCAAGCCUUGGCUGGUAGAUGGGAUUCCUGAGUCUUGUGAAGUUUGGGAAAAUAUGAUUUCAAUAGUGAUAUUCUGCAAGCAUUACUUUGGCCCGCAGUUUAAUUUGAGUGACAAGUUGGUCUGCGUAAAUAAAGUUCUCAGUAAGUUCUUGACUGAAAUCGAUAAAACUGGCAAAAUCUCUUACAAGGUGCCAAACAUCAAGGUGAAAGCAGACAGAUUCUUCAGAGAAUCUGGGACGAGCGAUAAGCUGAAAUUAAACCAAGCCUUGCGGAAGUUGCACGAUGGAAGCGUUGCAGUUUCUCAAUUUAACAACUCUCACAUGGUGCAAUUGCCGGACAUCUCUAACUAUUUCCACGUCGUGUUGUUUGAGGCUGCCUUGGACCGGUUCUUUGAGAAGUACAGAAAUAGUGCUGCCGUGAGUCGGAUUGUGCCGCCUGCCACGUCAUCAUCCUCGAACCAGCUGAGCAUACGGGUUGGCAAUGCAUCCAAGUCCAGCAGCAACGAGAUUGUUGUCGACCCGAGACGGUCGUUCAUGACAAAAUCAGCGAUCCCUUCCAUCCAACAGGUGCCAACGCCAACUGCAGUGAGCAGCCGACAGUGCGUGCAACAGUUCAUGCAAAGUCCUUACGCUAGACAAAUCACCAUCACCUCUUCGAAGAAGACGCUAGAAAUCAGAAAUGAAUGUAGGAGUCGGCCACCUGCGUUGCUGGCUCAGUCCCCCCAACCUAUGUAUCCACCGCUACCGUCGCUGCAAAGUAAAGAGAAUCCACCACCCCCGCUGCCAACGGAUGAAUACCCGUUGCCGCCACCACCACCACCGCCACCGCCAAGAGACUGUCCACCGCCAAGAGACUGUCCACCGCAACCGCAGCCUCCCGCUUUGCUGGUUCAAUCACCUCACACUGCGUACCAAAAGCAAAAUCCACAACCAACUUCUCAUCAUCACCAACGAUCUCUGCCGGCUCUUCUUCCUGCACACCAUGUUCAGCAUACGAUUACACAACCCACCAUGCAUUACCAACAACCAGCAGCCCAAUACUACCCUGACGCAAGGCAGCAACAAGCAGCUUACCAGAAUGCAGCUCCUUGGCUCCAGCCUCAUCAAUCAACAAGCGCAUAUCUAAUGGUGCAGGCUAAUAACAACCAAAACCAACAGCAGUGGUGUUGGCAAAGCCAAUAUCAAAACUCUACUGGGCAGCAGCCUCAGCAGCAGGCCAAUGCGCCUGAGCAAAUCUCGGUGCAAGCUUCUUCAGCUGUUGAAGAAGCAGUUAGGAAAGAGCUAGGCCGACGACGCCAAAAUCAACCACCUCAUCCACCGAGUUACAGGCAGGUCGAGAUGAAUGUGCCGCAAUAUCACCACCAACAACACUUAGCAAACAUGCCUCACACCAAUCUCACACAAUAUCCUGUGAAUUACGUACCUGAGAAACACCAAGAUGAAGAUGGACGGGACACACCAAACUUAAUUGGUAGGAUGGUGUCUCAAAUUGAGAUGGAGGAAGUCGCUAUCACCGCUCAGACAACUGCGCCGUUUUUCAUAAGUAGCUGCAUAACUUGCGAUAAAAAAGGUGUGAUGAUGAGCCCGUGCAGAUCAAGUUGUAAUUGUGGAGAUAGGUUCUGCUCUCUUCGCUGCCUGGAACAACAUCCGCGCCACAUUGACCCGAGAGACGAUAAGGAAGCAAUAUUCCGGAAUAUUUUCUGACGUUCAACUCUUAACUACCACGUUCAAUGCUUGAACAAGAAAUGUUAAUUUGCAUUUAUAUUUAAAUAUUAUGAUCUCGCUUCCAUCUGAUGGAGUGUGCUAAAAAUACAUGUACAAAAUGGGAUUAAGUUCUUCAACAUUAUCACAAUGUUUGUAAAUGAUUUUUUGUUUUAUCCAGCGAGCUAUCUUACAAAUUAAUGGAAUAAUUUCUAAAUAAAAUGUUUAUAUUACACUGUCAUAAA